UGCAGGAGCCACACUGGCAGCUUUGAUCUUUACAGGAAUAAAAAAAUCCAAAAGAGAUGAAGCAGAGCCAGAAAACACAGCUGCCCAUCACUGAGUGAACAUCAGGAGGAUAAGCGAGCUUCUCUGGCCUCAGAUCAGCAGUUUGGACCCGAUGGCAGAAGCUCAGCAGGGAGCCCAAGACCUGACUGAGGUGGACACAAUGACUCCAGAGGACUUGCCUGGCUCUUCCAGUUUAACCACUAAGGAGCUGCAGCAGAACUGGAGGGCGGUGAAGCAGCGAGAGCGACCCGUCCGGCUGCUCUUUGAGAUCCCCUCCACCCGCAUCGUCGAGCACAUGCUACACAAAUACGUGCUCUACCAGGUGGUGGUGAUGCGUUCUGGCAGCUUCGAUUCCCGCCGUGUUUCGGUGGAGCGCCGCUACAGCGACUUCUCCCGCUUCCACCACAAACUGCUGGAGGAGUUUGACGAGGAGCUGGAGGAGGUGCAGCUGCCUCGCAAGAUGCUCUCGGGGAACUUCUCCCCCGAGAGCAUCGGGGAGCGGCGCCUGGCGCUGCAGGACUACCUGGCGAAGCUGUACGCCACGCGCUGCGUCAGACACUCGCCUUGCUUCUCGGCUUUCUUCACAGAGCAGGAGCAGCAGCGGGCGCACGGCCUGCUCCGGGCGGGGCAGUUCCGGCCAGCCGCAGAGCUGCUGCAGACCGUGCUGGACAUCCAGGAGAAGCUGCUGCCCUGGCAGAAGCCCACCCUCCUCGUGCCCGCCCUCGCCGCCCUCGCUGUCUGCUACCGGGACCUGGACGAACCGGAGCGGGCGUUCUCCGCCGCUCAGAGAGCGCUGCCUCCGGUGAGGCGCUACGGACUGACGCGCUACAGAGCGCCGCUGCUGGAGCUGCUGGUGGACCUCGGGUACCAAUUGGGCCGGCCCGUGGCUCAGCUGCAGGAUGAGUUGACCGCUCUGAGAGAUGCCGAGCGUGGGGAAGCGUCCUCCCACUCUCUGAAGGAGGUAGUGAUCCAGGAGUUCCUCUGAGGGUGGAGCGGCCAUCCACACCUGGAUUAGCAGGUAAACCCCUGCACAGCCCCUGCCAGCUGUGGAGGUGUAACAGCUCACAGUGGGUCAGAGUACCCAGAGUACUGCAGUACUGUCCUGCAAUAAAGUAUUUAAAAGUAA